ACUACCCCUUCACCUCCUUCCUCUUACUCCCAGCGCCAUUGCUCCUGAACUACUGAGCAACAAAAACCCUAACCCCAUUUUUGUUCUCUCUCUCUUUCUACUGUUUCCAUCUGCUGUCUCUCUCUUGUAUCUUAGCUCAGUUGAAAUUAAUCUUCAACUUGUGUGGAAGGGCAGCAAGAGGAAGACCAAUUAAAAAGAAAAGAGAGAGUAAACUUUUGUUCAGGCUUCUUUGCUGGUACUUGCCAUUAUUCUUUUAACAAGAGCGAGCAAGGAAAGUUGUGGAGGAAGGACGACAUGGAGGAAGUGUUUGGACUUUACAGAUCAUUACUGUAUAUAGUCCUACAUAUAUUCAUGUAUGGUGUAGACAUAUACUCAUGGGGACACUAUCAAGUCAAUUAUGCACUUAUAUCAGGGCAAAUGGGUUCUCAAAAAGUGUUCCUUCUCAGCACUAUGCUUGCGGUUCCUCCUAUUGUUGGCUUCAUAGCAAACUCGAUAUUUAGUCACAGCAAGUGGUAUGCCCAACUCAUCCCCCUGGCAGUGCUUUUGGUGUUUGUUGUUAUCUGCAUCAUAAAUGACUCAAGCCGAUAUGUGAUCAAACGUCUAUGUCAAUCUCUCUAUGGGGUCACAUUUUUGGACUUUUUCUUGGUAGACCAGCUAACCAGUCAGGUUCCGGCAAUGAGGGGUUUUGUGUCCUAUGUUUGCCACUACAUCAGCCCACCGAGUUUACACACCUUUCUUCAUUAUGCAGUGGCAAUCUUACCUUACGGCAUACGUGCCUUGCAGGGUUAGAAGAUCGACAUGAUUUCCCAUAAAAAAAAUGAAAAAAACACUCAACAAAGAGAAGGAUCAAUCAAUGAAGAAUUGAAGAUUACUGUCAUGAAUUACCUUUGAGAAUGUGAAUGUAAGGAAGAUGGUUGAGCCUGCAAAACCCAAGGAGAGAUUGACCAAAGAUUCAUAGGGAAUCCAGAAUAAGAGGAAAUCGAUUUGAAAGCAUCAAGUCCUCCAAGCUUGAACAUCAUAAUGUCUACUUCAGCAUCGAGUUGAGAAGACUUCCACCUCAUUUUUGUAUACAAAGGAAAAUCCAUCGUAAGAGAAGAUGAUGCAGUUACUCAGUUGGCAGCCACAGAAAAGAGAAGAUGAUCAUCAUCAUCCUUAAAUUUAUACAUCUCAACCCAAACGCAACUCUUGUCAUGAUCGUAACAAAAUAUGUAAACUUUAACCAUUUCCAUUUCCCUAGUGAUCAAAUACAGCUUUCCUUGCUGAUCUAAAAUAUGAGCAGACCUUGGAAAACCCACAAUAUCAUCAAAGAUG